CUUCGCCUCCCUCUUUCCCCGGCUGCAGCAAUGUCCAAGAGAGGACGUGGUGGUUCGUCCGGAGCCAAGUUCCGCAUCUCACUGGGUCUCCCAGUGGGAGCGGUCAUCAACUGCGCUGACAACACAGGUGCCAAGAACCUGUACAUCAUCUCUGUGAAAGGCAUCAAGGGGCGUCUGAACCGUCUGCCUGCUGCAGGAGUAGGUGACAUGGUCAUGGCAACAGUGAAGAAAGGCAAGCCAGAGCUCAGGAAGAAGGUGCAUCCUGCGGUGGUGAUACGGCAGCGGAAGUCGUAUCGACGAAAAGACGGCGUGUUCCUAUACUUUGAAGACAAUGCAGGGGUCAUAGUCAACAAUAAAGGAGAAAUGAAAGGUUCAGCCAUCACAGGCCCAGUUGCUAAAGAGUGCGCUGACCUUUGGCCCAGGAUUGCCUCCAACGCUGGCAGCAUAGCCUGAUGUGGACCCUGUUUGUUUUCAAUAAAAACUGUCAAUUGA